AUGUUGCGCUUCUUCCUGGUCCAGAACCGACAGGGGAAGGUGCGGCUCGCCAAGUGGUACGUGCCCUACGAGGAUGAAGAGAAGAGCAAGCUAUCGGCCGAGAUCCAUCGAUUGGUCAAUGCGCGCCUGACCAAGUUUACCAACUUCACCGAGUACCGCGAGCACAAGCUCAUCUACCGACGCUACGCGGGCCUCUACUUCUGCGUGUGCGUCGAUCCCGACGACAACGAGCUGGCGGCGCUCGAGGCCAUCCACCUCAUCGUGGAGCUCCUCGACAGCUACUUUGACCACAACGUGUGCGAACUCCACCUGGUCUUCAACUUCAACCGCGUCUACGCCAUCCUCGACGAGGUGAUCGUGGGCGGUGAGGUCAUCGAGACCAGCAGGACCAAGAUCCUCCAGCGCGUAGACGAACUCGAAGAUCUCCCAUAA